GAGUGGCGAGUAAACAUCUGCCAUCGAGAGCCAGUGCCAGUGGAAUAGAUAGAUUGGCGCUGCCCUUAAAGUUUCCUUACACGACCAGACGAAAAAGUGUACUCCGGCCAGCAUGGCAGCGACAUUGCGAAGAUUACAUGGCUUGAGAUUUCUAAAAUCUACGCCCGCCCUUAAUCUGCAGCAGGCAAAGAACCUGUCCUCGGCUACAAACUGGGCGAAUAGCCACAAAAAGCUGAUCGGCGCUGUUGGAGCCAUUACCGGCGGCGUUGGCGCUCUGCUUUUCGCACUCGAGCAAUCCGUGGAGGCAUCCGGCACUGAGGUGCACUCGCCGGCCCAGCCCUGGACUCAUCGCGGUCUCUUCUCCUCACUGGAUCACCAGAGCGUACGCCGAGGCUAUGAGGUGUACAAGCAGGUGUGCUCCGCCUGCCACUCGAUGCAGUACAUUGCCUACCGCAAUCUGAUUGGUGUCAGCCAUACCGAAGCCGAGGCUAAGGCUGAAGCCGAGCAGAUCACGGUUAAAGACGGUCCCGAUGAUACCGGCAACUACUACACCCGCCCCGGCAAACUGUCGGACUAUUUCCCAUCGCCGUAUCCCAAUGAGGAAGCGGCACGUGCUGCCAACAACGGUGCUUAUCCACCCGAUCUUAGCUACAUUGUGUCGGCUCGCAAGGGUGGCGAGGAUUACAUCUUUGCACUGCUAACGGGCUACCAUGAUGCGCCAGCUGGUGUUGUGCUGCGUGAGGGUCAGUACUUCAAUCCGUACUUCCCUGGCGGUGCCAUUUCCAUGGCACAAGUCUUGUACAAUGAGGUCAUUGAGUACGAGGAUGGCACACCGCCAACACAGAGUCAAUUGGCCAAGGAUGUGGCCACGUUCCUCAAGUGGACAUCCGAGCCGGAGCACGACGAUCGCAAGCAGCUGCUCAUUAAAGUAAUUGGCAUAUUGACCUUCCUGACUGCCAUUGCGUAUUAUAUUAAGCGACACAAGUGGUCCACCUUGAAGUCGCGAAAGAUCGUGUUCGUGCCCAAGGACAAGUAGAAUUGUUUAAAUUUGAUUUGACGUGAAUUGCAGUGUUAACGCGGCUUUAUCGACUAAUAAAUAAAUCAAUGUUAAGCAAAACAAAGUUCACACACACAAUUCAAUGUGGGAUUAACAGACACCCUAGCCCAUAACCAAUUGAACAGCAGGAACAACUACAACAACAAUUAAAAAACAUAAACCAAAAGCAUAGUGUUAAAAAAAUCGAUGUAGCAGCAGAUAUCGGCCGCUAAUUAAAAUUGAGAAAUGUAAUGGAAGAACACACCCACAAAUAAAAAGAAGAAGAAGAAAACCAGCGGCCUAGCUAAAUGAGAAUCAUGGAUAAUGUUACAUUUAUUGUAUAAAUCUAUAAUUCAAACUAUGUAUUUAAAUAAACCAAUUAAAAAAUUGAA